AUGUCCUCCAGGCGAAGAGGCGAAGACGGCGCCGACGUGAUAAUCUCGCGUGUCCAAACUUCCCAUCGAAGGAUGGGAGACUACGAAAAGCUAGCGCCGAAACAGUACCCACCGAAAACGUUGCGAGAAACUUUGGAAGGGAAAUAUUGGAAGAACUAUAAAACGACGUCGUUGCAAAACCAACCCGGGAUCGUGACGGACGUGUUUUAUUCCGGUUCCAUGGACGAUAGCACGUUUCCUUGUCACCUAACGGCGACGAGUUCUGCAAGGGUGACCAUGUAUAACCAAAACGGGAGGAAAGUUUUAAAGACGUUCGCGAGGUUUAAAGACGUCGCGUUUAGUGGAGUGUUGAGAAAAGACGCGAAAGUGUUAGCGGUGGGUGGACAAAGCGGCAUCGUGCAAUUGUUUGACGUGAAGACGAGAAAUAUUCUGAGAAAGUUUACUUUGCACGCCGGCGCGGUGAGAGCGGUGCGAUGGAGCGAGACGAGUAAUUUGAGCGUCGGGUCGAGUUCAGACGACACGACGGUACGGAUAUGGGACGUCAGUACGGGGAAUUGUUCACAGAGAUUCGAUGGACACAAGGAUUACGUUCGCGCGUUGGAAUCGAGUCCAGAACAGAAUGACGUGUGGGCGAGCGGAUCGUACGACCACAGCGUUAGGCUGUGGGACGCUAGAGUAGGUAGAGACGCGGUGAUGACUAUGCAGCAUACCGGUCCAGUAGAAGAUAUAUGUUGGUAUCCAAAUGCGAGAGCGUUAGUAUCGUGUGGAGGACCGGAAGUUAUCGUAUGGGACGUCGUCAAAGGCGCCUCUUCGUUCAACGUGAAGGAUCCCAUAGAGAAUAGUAAUAAUAAUAAUAGAUUAAUGCGUUUGACGAAUCAUCAAAAGACGGUGAUGACGGUGAAUGUGCACAAAGACUGUGGUCCAAGAACAUCGAACAACAACAACGCGACUGAUGAAUAUCAGCCGAGAUUAAUCACCGGGAGCUUAGAUGGACACGUGAAGGUGCAUGAGAUUGACGCGUUCACCGUGAAACACGCCGCCAAGUUUCCCGGUCCAGUUUUAUGUUGUUCGGUCUCACCAGACGCUAACGCUUUCGCGGUUGGUAUGGCAACUAAAACCUUGUGUAUUAGAAAGCGAACGAAAGCGCGAAUUGCGGAUGCAAAUGCGAAACCUACGCCCGGGCCAGGUGCAGGGAAAUGGAAAAUCACCUUGAAAUCUGGAUUCAGGAUAAAACGACCGAGGCGAAUGGACGCGAGCACGAUUGGUUACUUCACGAGAACUGGGAACGCGCAACCGCGCUUGGAGGACGAGAUUGUAAGGAGAAAGAAACGUCUACGACUGCAAGCGCACGAUAGAGCACUGAGAAAAUUUCGUUUUGGAGAUGCACUCGAUGCGGCUAUAAAUAACAGGAGACCAGAGGUUGUCAUGGCCGUCAUCGAAGACAUUGAAAAAAGAGGAGGCAUCACAAAGGCGUUGGCGAAUAGGGAUGAGCACGGAUUGGUGCCAGUUUUAGAGUUCGUCGUCAAAUACAUCGCGAAUCCGCGUCACACGCGAGAUCUCGUCAGAUUAUCUCAGGAAAUUCUCGAUUUGUACGGUUCUGAUGUAGGGACGAGUAAACGCAUCGAUAGAUGCUUGAAUCAGUUGAGAGAAAGAGUAAUGCUCGAGCUUCGAUUAGAAGACACGUUGGAUAAGCUGUCUGGCAUGUGUGGCAUCAUUUUGAAUUCUUACUAG